AAUCUUAAGAAUUCAAAAGAGGUUUGGAAACAGGUUCGGAACGCCGUUAGUAGCACAUAAUUCGAAUUGACGAUAUCGUUUUGAGUUUCCCUCCCUCCUUUGAAUCGCGACACACAGCGAAUGGAAGAUACCGCCGUCUUCCACGACUCCGAUUUACAGCCUCCCGGCGCCAUUUCUCAAACUGGAGGUCAGAAAGCCAAAAGAGGAUUAUUUUCGAAGGAAGGUUCUGUUUCUGUGGGAGCUGCUCAGAAGAAAAUUCUGGCUGACAUAACCAACAUGGACCAACAUCUACAGCCAAAGCACCAACCUGUACCACCACUUCCUCCACCUGCAACUGAUGUCUCUGUUGACCUGAUUCUCAAGGAAAACGCAACGAUGAGGAAGCUCCUAGCUCAUAGAAAUGCGGUAAUAGAAUCGUACAAACUAGAGCAUCAAAAGUAUCGAACCAAUUUUCAGAAACUUCGGAAGCAAAAUUCAGAACUUGCACUUGCAAAUACUCAAAUGAUGCGGGAGAUUAAUACAAGUAGACAGAUGGUGAGGGAACUUCAACUUGAAUUAGUAGGCAAAAGUGCUACUCUCAAUACUUUGAGAUUAAAAUUGAUGGAAAAUGAUCACAAAGCAAAACUGAAUAAUGACAUUGAUGCAUAUGAGUCAGAUCUAAAGUUUAAAAAAGAUAAGAAGGGGGAAGCGAAAAGGAAGAGAGUAUCCAGAUGUCAAUCUUCUGCAGCUGAUGUUGUUAAACAAUCCAAAUCAAUAGAAAAGGUUGACACUCAGAGGCAUUCUGCAAGACGGAACACUGCAGGGUUUAAAGCCGGAAAAUCAGGACCAAUAGAAGACUUGCAUGAAAUAAAAUAUGAUGCCUCGCAACCACUAGAAAAUCUGGCAAAUGAGAAUGGAUCAACAUCUUUAGGAUCCAAUGAUAUAGUGAGACAAGAUACUGAAUGCUUGGAAACUACUAACACUCAACAAGUUCUUGUCAAAAGGAAUAUUGAAAAUAAGAGGCAUAGUUUGAGAAGGCAAUCUGCCCUGUUCAAACAUGGGAAUCCAGAACCAGCUGAAGACUUCUUUGAUAUAGACGAUCCAAAAUUUGAAGUCUCCAAUUUAUGUGAUAACUUCUCAGAAAGUCUUCCUACAGCAUCAGAUCACACUUCAGAAAACUGUGCACUUGACCCUCAUGAAAGAAGAUCAUCUAUUAGCCGGCCUUUGCGUCGAUCAGCUCUGAAGGUUGUUUCCUACAAGGAGGUUCCACUUAAUGUGAAGAUGCGUAGAGAUAGUUGAGUCAGUUUCCUAUAAAGUUUUGACUGUAUUGUCAAUUGUAGAGAAGAAUGAAAUGGAAAUCCAAAAAGCCUGAUGAUAUGUCCUACUUCCCUGAUGCCACAGUGCAUGGUGGUAGAGAUUAUUUUGAUUUGUUGAAUAGUUUAUUGUUUAGGACUCUGCACAUUUGAAACUGAUGUUCUAUUAUAGGCAAUUUUAGAUGAUAAUAUUUGAUCCA